AUGUCUCUUCACAUUAGUUCAAAUUCCAUGCCGGGUUCCUUGGAAUGGGAAGCCAAAACCAGCCCUUUGUCUGCUCUUGUUCCUGGGCGAAGCGUAAAUUCUUCGACUCAGGUUGAGUCCUUGGAAGGCGAGAAGUCUUUCGCGGCCAAAGGAACAGAAGCGGCUCAACCCCAUGUCGAACUCUCCUCGAAGGCUACUCCAAAAACAGUUCUCGUCGUGGGAGCGGGAAUAGCUGGACUGCGCGCUGCAUCGAUCUUGAAGCGGCAUGGUCUUCAUGUGAUUGUGCUUGAGGCUCGGGACAGGAUUGGGGGAAGAAUCUUGACCAGCCGAAAGAACGGAAAGCCAGCGCGGGAUAUGGGGACAACAGGGGCCGCUUGGAUGCACGAAACCUCCCAAAACAAGCUCGUUAAGCUGGUCCCAAAACUCGGACUUUCAUACUACUAUGACGACGGGACACCCGUUUACUAUACCUCUGAUGGACGCGCUGGAUCUCAGUUUAAAGCAAAGAAAGUAGUCGAUGAAUUUGCAGACUAUGCUGAAUGGUUUUAUGAAACAAGUCCUGACGCCAAGGAUCGAAGUGUCGAUGAAUUCAUAAGGGACUUCACUCAGAAUCAUCCACUAAUUACUCAGGACGAAAGACAGUGGGCGCCACAGGUGAUUAAAGAGGCUGAACAAUGGGUGGGAACGAGCACUUCCCAGGCAUCCUCAAAACAUUUGACCUACUUCGUUACUGAGCGAAACCUCUACAUGAAGGAUGGCUAUGAUUCCAUCGUCAACUGGACAGCCAAAGACAUGUUCGAAACCCCCGAUUGUAUCCGAUUACAUCAUAUCGUCAAAAGAGACAUGCAAGAGGGAAUCAAAAGCCUUAGCUAUGGAGCACUGGGGAAGAUAUUCUUCGAAUUCAGUGAGGUAUUCUGGUCUAAAAAUCACGACCAGUUCAUCUAUUAUCCUUCUCCGCAUGACACGACCGACGAAAUGGUUGACACGGCCAAUGUCUCGGAGAUAUCCGACACUAUCCUGAACUACGCUACGGUAACAGUGAAUCUCCUACUGGUAGCGGACAGCAAAGAAUUAUGUGUGCAGGUAGUUGAGCCAUUGACACAAAAGGUGGAGGCUAUCACUGACAAGAAGGAGCUGUAUGAGUUCUUUGAACCAUUGUUCAAGCUCCUGCGGAAAGAGCCAUACAAAGCCCUGCCCCAAGUCACGAGCAUCGAGUCGACUUGUUGGACGCGAGAUGCUUUUGCUGGGUUUGGGGCUUAUACCUCCGAGAAAGUUGGCGACGAUCCCAACAUCUUGAUAAAUGCGGCACAGAGUCGUCACAAAAGCAAACUUCAGUUCGCGGGUGAGCACCUGGCUCUGGCAGGAAGCGGAUGUGUUCAUGGAGCAUUUGCAACUGGCGAGGCAGCAGCCAAGAGGAUCCUUCACACACUGUCUAUUGAAGUCAGGGACGAACUGUUUGAUCUCGAAUGA